AGUAUAUACCAGGCUCUGGAGGCAGGGAUUAAGUUCAUCUUGCUCCCUAGCAUUUCAGAGAGUUCUGUUUUGAUCUCUGUUGUAAUUAACUCUUUGGUCAAAUUUUGUCCUAGACUAUAUUUUCUCCUUUUUUGUAUCCAUACACAUUCUGGAUACAUUGGAAUUAAGGUGAUUUAGGAGAUGAUGGUGCAUACACUAGGAUAAUUAGGAUUUACCAGUCCCUGGAUCAAGUGCUUGGAAACCUUUAAGUUCCAUAGUCAGCUGCCAUUUCAGAGAACAGAAAAUAUAUGGUUUUGGAAAGUUCCUGCUGUGCCUUCAUAGAGUUUUAGAAUGAUUGAAGAUAGUGGGAAAAGAGGAAAUAACAUGGCAGAAAGAAGACAGCUAUUUGCAGAAAUGAGAGCCCAAGAUUUGGAUCGUAUCCGCUUAUCUACUUACAGAACAGCAUGCAAGCUUAGAUUUGUUCAGAAGAAAUGCAAUUUACAUCUGGUGGACAUUUGGAACGUCAUAGAAGCUCUGAGAGAAAAUGCCCUGAACAGCCUAGACCCAAAUAUAGAACUAAAUGUGGCCCGUCUGGAGGCUGUGCUUUCAACCAUCUUUUACCAGCUCAACAAAAGGAUGCCGACCACUCACCAGAUCCACGUGGAACAGUCUAUCAGCUUACUGCUCAACUUCCUGCUUGCAGCCUUUGAUCCGGAAGGUCACGGUAAAAUUUCAGUAUUUGCUGUCAAAAUGGCCUUAGCCACCCUAUGUGGAGGAAAGAUCAUGGACAAAUUAAGAUAUAUUUUCUCAAUGAUUUCUGACUCCAAUGGAGUAAUGGUUUAUGGGCGAUAUGACCUAUUCCUACGGGAAGUCCUCAAACUCCCCACUGCGGUGUUUGAAGGUCCCUCGUUUGGUUAUACAGAGCAGUCUGCCCGAUCCUGUUUCUCCCAACAGAAAAAAGUCACUUUGAACGCUUUCUUGGACACACUCAUGUCUGAUCCCCCACCUCAGUGUCUGGUCUGGUUUCCACUUCUUCAUCGAUUGGCAAAUGUAGAAAAUGUCUUCCACCCUGUUGAGUGUUCCUAUUGCCACAGUGAGAGCAUGAUGGGAUUUCGCUAUCGAUGCCAGCAGUGUCACAAUUACCAGCUCUGUCAGGACUGCUUCUGGAGGGGACAUGCCAGUGGUUCCCAUAGCAACCAGCACCAAAUGAAGGAGUACACGUCAUGGAAGUCACCUGCUAAGAAGUUAACAAAUGCGCUAAGCAAGUCUCUGAGUUGUGCUUCCAGCCGUGAACCUUUGCACCCCAUGUUUCCUGAUCAGCCUGAAAAACCACUAAACCUGGCUCACAUCGUGCCUCCCAGACCUGUAACCAGCAUGAAUGACACACUCUUCUCCCACUCUGUUCCCUCCUCAGGAAGUCCUUUCAUAACCAGAAGCUUUCCCAUCUCAUUAACCAGCUCUCCUCACAAGAACACUGAAGUAGAACAGACCAAACUGCUGGCUAGGGCCGCUCCAAUUUUUCUGAAAGGCAAAGGCAUGCUCGAUAGCCCAAACCGUCUUGACGAGGAACACAGGCUGAUUGCCAGAUAUGCAGCGAGACUGGCAGCAGAGACAUCCUCAUCUCAGCCUAGUCAGCAAAGGGGUGCUUCUGAUAUCUCUUUCACCAUUGAUGCAAAUAAGCAACAAAGGCAGCUGAUUGCUGAACUUGAAAACAAGAACAGAGAAAUCUUACAGGAGAUCCAGAGGCUACGGCUGGAGCAUGAACAGGCUUCUCAGCCCACCCCAGAGAAGGCCCAGCAGAAUCCUACUCUCCUGGCAGAGCUCCGUCUUCUCAGACAACGCAAGGAUGAGCUAGAACAGAGGAUGUCUGCUCUUCAAGAGAGCCGGAGAGAGCUGAUGGUCCAGUUAGAAGGUCUCAUGAAGCUACUAAAGACGCAAGGGGCGGGUUCUCCACGUUCUUCUCCCAGUCACACAAUAAGCAGGCCUAUUCCUAUGCCCAUCAGAUCAGCCUCUGCCUGCUCUACCCCAAUUCAUACGCCUCAGGACUCUCUGACAGGGGUAGGAGGAGAUGUACAAGAAGCCUUUGCACAAAGUACAAGGAGAAAUUUAAGGAAUGACUUGCUCGUAGCUGCAGACUCCAUCACUAAUACCAUGUCCUCUCUGGUGAAAGAGCUAAACUCAGAAGUAGGGAGUGAGACAGAGAGUAAUGUGGAUUCUGAAUUUGGGCGGACCCAAUUUGAUGACCUAGUCCCAUCACCCACUUCUGAAAAGGCUUUCCUUGCACAAAUCCAUGCUAGAAAACCUGGGUACCUUCACAGUGGAGCUGCUACUGGCACCAUGCGCAGUGAUAUGGUUACAGAAGAUGGGGACCCCUAUGUGAGGACUGAGGAUGAAAAUUAUGAAAAUGACUCUGUCCGUCAAUUGGAAAAUGAGCUCAAGAUGGAGGAAUACCUUAAACAGAAACUGCAGGAUGAAGCCUACCAGGCAAGCUACAGUCAGACAGAUGAUGACAGUUAUGUGAAAACAGAUGACGAUGAGAGCUACCUCCAGACCGAGGAGGAGGACAGCACCCUGGCAACCAACAUGUAGGGCAGCUCCUGACGAGAAACCCCAGCCCCUGACAUUGUCUGCCUGCUGAAUGUAGCACUGCUAACCUUUGUUCUAAGAAUCGUAGUUUGUAGGUGUGUGUUUUGAGACAAAAAAAAAAAAAAGACUUUUGUUUAAAGUUAACUUAAUCAGCUGCAUCUUCUGUCACAUGGCUCAUCCCUGAUGACGAACCCAGGCUAAAACACAAUGCUGCUGUUAACAGCAGUGGCAGUAUUAACAAAACAUUUUAAACCUUUGCACAUGAUGUUGAACCUGUUCAGUUUACAAUGAUGAUAUUAAUACUGUUUAUAGCUAGGAGUUUGAUUUCUGAAUACUUUGAGAUUUUAGUAGAACAAUUUACUAUACACUGUACAAUUUUUUUUCCACAAGCAAUUGUAAAAAGCAACCUCUUGGAGUUAUUCGUUAGCCGUAAAGGAUUCUGUUCCUGGCUGCAGCGCCUGCUUGGAAUCCAGAAGCCAAGAAGUCUGUAACUUGAUUGCAAGUCUCUGUUGGGAAAAAAAAAGAAAAGAAAAAGAUGACCUGUACCAAAUGCAGCAGUAUAGCCCUAUUCUCUAGGCUAAUGUAUAACUUGAGGUUGUUUUCUUUCAAGAUACGCUAAUAAAUCAGCCAUAGAAUUUAGUGUAAAUAUUUUUUUCCAAAUAGAUAUCAUAUACAAAAAAGGCAACAUUCGAAUUAUAUAGAAUCUAGUUUUUAAAUCAGCACAGAUCUUCUUAAAACUGUGAACUAUGUUUUGAAAUACUCGUUACUAAAGCUGUUUAUAAACCACAGGUGCCAUAAGAUUCCCCAAACCGACUAAAGUCCCCUAUGCUCUUCCAUGCUCUCGUUUCAUUGUUGUUUGGGCUUUCAGAAGCAUGUCUUCAACACCUCUCCCUACUCAAGUCUCAUCUGUUCCCUAUCAGGUUGUUUGGAGGCCUUCAGCUUUAAAGGUACAGGCUUAAAAUGUGCUUGUUAGUGAUGCCUCUCCUUUUCUUUUUUUUCUGAAUGAUUGUUGUGGGGUUUUUUUCGGGGGGGGGGGUGUUGGCUUGUUUUUUGUUUUUUUCCUUAGUAGGCCACCAGGUAUGCUCAACACAGGCUAUGGCAGUGCAAAAGGAGACUGGCGCAUUCAGCGUGCAACAGAAAGGGAAUUUAGGAUGCAGUGGGGAUUGUGGGAAGGAGAAGGAAAGAAGCUGGGGUGGGCUCUUUGUGGCACUCCAUUGGGUAGAUGGAAGGGAGAAAUGUUCUUUGGGUCUUUCAGAGUUAUUAUUAUUUUUUAAAUGAACAUUUUGGAUUUGUUGCCUUAAAAGUAGGAGGUAUUCUGGUCAUUUCCUUUCUUUCCUGGAACUUUAGAAAAGAAAUGAUGGAACGACAUAAGUAAAAUUUUGGGGGGGGGGAGAAUCAAUUUGGGGACAUCCUAAGAAUGCUGAAAAGAUUUCUCAGUUCGUCACUUGCUCUUAGAUUACUGAGACCCAGGUUCAGUAACUAUGUGUUGCAUCUUAGGCUCCCAAAGCCUUAGGCCCUGCCCACAUAUGGCCACAGGGAAAGGCUAUCUAACAUACAGCACAUGUCUGGUCAGAUAUUUUUUCAGCUCAAUUUCCAGAGGGCUAGAAGACAUUCAUCCCUGUGCAAUUGGUCUGAAGUAGCCUGCCUCAGGGUUAUCCUUAUGUAAUUAAAAAGAAAUCAGAGGCCAUGCUUGUCUGAAGUUCUUCAUAGGGAACCCUGUGCUAGGGUGAGCAUAGACCAAAUAUCACUGGCACCCCAGUCAGCAUUGGAACAGUGCCUGGGUUUCUUCCUCAUUGGGUGUGUUUUUUUCUUUUCCCCUCCACAAAUCAUUUAUAUGACCCUUAGAAUGUCAGAUCUUUGAGAGGAGGGAUUAUUUUAUUCUUGGUCUUGAUAGCCCCACAGCACAGUGCCUGGCACAUAGUAGGCACUUAAUAAAUGCUUGCUGUUUGGGUGGCAUCUGCCAGCCUCCCCUAAAGGCAGGCCAUACCCAGUGACAGCAUAGCCCUCCGUGCCCCCAUCAGUCAGGAAGAGCAACCACUGGUGCCUCAUGCUCAAGCCGAAAUCACUCUCAGUUUUGAAUUGCAGCCAAGAAGUUUCUGAACACAGAGUCCCACAUGGCCAAUCUUGCAUCCCUAGGGACCUUCAGCAGCUAACUGAGCUGCCAAAACAUGUCAUCAUUUUUUUUUCACAUUGAAGAGCUAGUUUACAGUUUAAGGCAUUAUAGGAACAUACCAUGAGGCUCUCCCUUGGGCAGAGGAAUUGGGGUACACCCACCCUUCAUCGGGAAGAUGCAAUAGAAUCAAGCCACUGCAAUGCCUUCCUUGGGGGUCAUUUUCAGUGAUCUAUUUCAGAAUAGCCAGCCACCUGAUGUUUCUCUCAGCUCCAUAUCAGUGCAGAUCAGAUCGAGACACCCAAAUCCUACAGUUGAAAAGAGGUGGCCAUUUUUGUUUUGUUUUGGUUUUUGGCUCUCCAGGUUUACAUUUUAAGUAUUUUCUUAAUGCAAAGCCCAGCAGGUCUUCGUCUGUCCAUUUGAUACAAUUAUAUCUUGUGGUUGGUUGUUUCUUGUUCGUUCAACAAAGAAU